UGACGUCACGUUAUUAUUUCUGACGUUGUCGCUAUGAACGUCGAAUUUUAACCACGUCGCCAUUGCAACGAGUCUUAGAUACUCUUGAUAGACGUGUUUUCCUCAGAACAAUCUGAAAUGCAUGUCGAUAGUUAUUCCAAGAAACGAGAAUAGACCAAUGACAUCUGUUGAGACACAAGUCAGCGUGACGGACCCCGAGGGUAUCGUGGGCGUCAUUCGGUCCUUAUACAGCCAGCUCCAGGAGCUGCAAGAAUUCAACAAGUCGUUAAUACAAGACCGACAAGAUUUGGUACAGACGAGCGAAGAUAUUGGUACCAGGCUAUCGGAACGGGUUACAGAUUUGAUGAACACGGCAGAGUCGAUGGAGAGAGUGAUAAGUGAAGAUAGCGCUGCUAUUACGUCUACGGAUACCGAAUUACAAGACCUUCUUAAUGAGAAAGAGAGACUUGAAGCGAAGACUGGAGGUCAAUUACAUAAACUGACAGAUAAAGACAUCGCUAAUGAAGAACGUAUAACUGGAUUUGUCGAAGAAGAGUUAUCCCGAAAAAUAGAAGAGUUAUCUUUCCUACAAGACAGACUUGAAAAUGCGCAAAAGGAGUACAAGUGUGAAUGGGAUGGAUUGCAAUCCGACAUUUUGCAAUAUGAGGCAGAAAAAUCCAAAUAUGAGGAAACAGUCAAUCAUCUGGAAGAACUACAACUGGCAAAGUUAGUAGGCGCACAUUCAGGACCAGAGAGUUCCGGUGGUUACAACCUCAUAAAGAGAAUAGUUUCUCAUCAUUUAAAUCAGGUGACCUACAGAGAGCUUCAGCGUCAGGUAACAGGAUUGCGUUUGAAAGAGACCAACCUUGAGCAUGAAAUUGGUGACCUUAUUAAAGAGAAGCAGCAACUAUGGAAACGUUGCCUUGACCUUGAAAGCUGCCUAGAGGAAAUUCAAGAUACAGCAGACGACACAAACAUGCUCCGACCAGCACCAGCGUUCUCGAAUCUUCCAGACGUAUCGGAAAAUAAAUUUCCAACUUCCGAAACAAGUGACAUUGACCUUACUGAAGAAGUAACACAUGGCCGGAUGUUGCAUAAAUGCCAUAAGAAUACUCACCUUGUCGUAGACUUAUCAGCAGAAGAUCGCACAGAGAUAGAAGCAACUGUUGAUGCAGACGUUGGUCCAACAGGCACCGAUCACGUGACACAUUUCCAGGAAACAGAGGAACCAACCACAUCUGCAGCAGACGACAAUGAAUCGGAACCGGAAGAAGAGAACAAAGAUGAUGACUCAGCAAAUCAGCAAGAACAGGUCCAAGAAAACACAGUUGAGGCACCAAAGACACAGAAUAUUGUUACCACAACAACCACUGUGACUCCAUUAGCCGAUUUAACUCAUGCCAUGGGUCAUGCUGACGAAAACACGACAUUCAUUAACAAGCUCCGGAAGCGGGUAGGCCUUGGCGGAAGAAGCUCUUCAUCACAGAGGCUGAAAAAUGCAGCACCAAAAAUUGAGGCUUCCGGUUCAAUGAAACAUUUCUCUCCAGCCAAUUUCCUCAAGAGAAAGCGAUAAUCUGUUUAUGUCAUGUUACAAUAAAAUUAAUCAAAAUGUGAA